UGUACAAAAUUUCAACACUGCUCCCUCUGAGGAUUCCUGUGCUAAAUGAGCUUAGGAGUGUUCUAUUUGCUUCGUCGGUGUAAGGAGUAAAAAAGGGAUUCAGACACUGCCCAGAAGAUUUGGGCCAUUACUUAGUCGUUAUGGUAAAUCUAAUUCACGGCCAUCUAUUCUGGGCUGAUCCAGUGACCAGAUGGUGCUGGCCCUUCGCCCGUUGUUGCGGCGAAUCGACCCGGGGAGCAUGGCUUCAGGCCCCGUUAGGUGGACGUGAGGCUCUGGCGGGGAAGCGACAUCCGCAACCCAGGCCCGGGAUCCGCUGAUGAGCGACGCCGGGUCCGAGCGGCAGGCCCGCAGCCUGGUGCGGGACAUCGAGCUCCACGUGCUCGAGUGCAAGGUGUGUUUCGAGAGGUUCGGCAGCAGCCCGGCCCGCCGACCGUGCAGCCUGCCGUGCGGCCACGCCGUGUGCAGGCAGUGCGCCUGGGCCCUCUGCCGGCCCGAGCCCCGGAGGCAGCUCGAGUGCCCUUUCUGCCGCUGGAGCGGGCCCGCGUCACGGGCCGCCGAUUGCCUGCCCCUGCUGCAGCUGGCCGAGCUGCUGUCCUCAGCGGCCGCCGAGCCUCUCAGUACGGGGACCUGGCCGGCGGAGCUCAGCUCCGUGCUUGGGGGUUGGGGUGAGUUGCUCAACCCCCGGGGUCUGGCAGUCUGCUCUCGCUCCGGAGCCCUGGCCCUGGUGCAGGACGGCGAGCAGCCGCUCCGGCUCUUGGAGUGGGGAGGCCGCCCGCCCCUGCGCCUGAGCCCGGGCCCCAGCGCCGACAACCCGCCCGUCUACCCGCUGGACGUGGCGGUGGCCGGAGGCGGGCAGCUGCUGGUGGUGACGGACGCCGGGGACCGGUCGGUCAAGGUGUUUGCCCGUAGGCCGGACGGCCGGCUCGAACUGGUGCUAACGGAAGGCGGCUUCGGCCUGCCCUGGGGGCUGGACUGCGGCUCGGCCGAGCGCUUAGCCCUGACCGACUGGGCCCAGGGCUCGCUGCUGCUGCUCGACCUGCAGCUGCCCGGCGGGGCCUCACUGCGGCGGGACAGCAUCUGUCACGGGCUCUGCCACCCCCGGGAAGUGGCCGUCAGCCGGCGGGACGGCUGCAUCCACGUCGUGGAACAUCCCGGAUCCAGAGGGGGCCGGCGGCUGAAGACCUUCAACAGUCGGGGGCACCUGGUCCGUCAGUUGGACGGCCUGAGCCGGAGCCCCGGAGCCGGCCUCGGCAUUUCGGGUAUCGCCGUCGACGGUCAAGGCAACGUCGUGCUCGCCGACGGGGACAGUGGCACCGUGGUGUGGGUAGGCGGCUCGGACAACUGGCACUGCAGGACCCUGAUCGAGCGGGGCCUGGUCCGGCCUGUGGCCUUGGCCUGGGCUGCUGACCACACCCUGAUGGUGCUGGACGCUGGAGAUCACACCCUCAAAGUGUACACGGUCCGCUGAAGGCACCCCGAUUAACGGAGCCUACAUCCCAUCGCUGUUCCUGCAAAACCUCCCAAAAACAAAGCGCUUUGUGACCAGGAGAAAGACUGGGAACGAAAUUCAACUUGAACUUUUAUUGGGGUUGGACCCAGGAGCUGCUAUUGGAAAUACAAUGAUUCUCCGUACUUUUUGUAAAAAAACAAAAUUUACUGGAAAUCUAACAACAAAAAUAUAGAAUUAUGUCCUUUGAAGAUUAUACUAAAAGCUAUGUGCUUUAAAAAUUAUUAUAAAUUAAGCCAUUUAAAGGGCAGUUGUUAUUAGUGUAAACUAAUUUUUUUCCUGAUUACACAUAAAAUCUCUUUUAUUCUU